UGGGCUCGUGUUUACAGGAUUUGUGGGUCUCUCUCUCUCUUACUCACUGAGUCUGAACACUUGCCAAACUUUCCUAACUAGAUGGCAAUGCACGCUCGCCAACUAUAUCAUCUCAGUUGAGCGUCUAAAGCAAUUCAUGAACCUUCCUUCUGAACCAGCAGCAAUUGUAGAUGAUCACAGGCCACCACAUUUGUGGCCUGCCAAAGGGAGGAUAGACUUCCAGGACCUCAAGAUAAAGUAUCGACGUGAUUCUCCACUAGUUCUUAAAGGGAUUACAUGUGCAUUUGAGGCUUGCAAAAGAGUGGGAGUGGUUGGAAGAACAGGUAGCGGAAAAACAACACUGAUAAGUGCCCUAUUUCGUCUGGUUGAACCGGCAAGUGGGAAGAUCCUUAUAGAUGGACUGGACAUUUGCUCCAUUGGUCUUAGGGAUCUAAGAAAUAAGCUUAGCAUUAUACCCCAAGAGCCAACUCUUUUCAAGGGUACUAUAAGGAGUAACUUGGACCCUCUAGGCGUCUACAGAGACCAUGAGAUAUGGGAGGCCAUCGAGAAGUGCCAACUGAAGACCACAAUCCAGGGCCUCCCAAACUUGCUCGAUUCAACUGUGAGCGAUGAAGGAGGGAAUUGGAGUGCAGGGCAGAGGCAGCUCUUUUGCCUUGGAAGGGUCCUUCUAAGAAAGAAUAGGAUAUUGGUUCUUGAUGAGGCAACUGCAUCCAUUGAUUCUGCCACUGAUGCUGUUCUUCAAAAGGUCAUAAGAAAGGAAUUCUCAAACUGUACGGUGAUAACAGUGGCGCAUAGGAUCCCCACAGUCACUGAUAGUGAUCUCGUCAUGGUUCUUUCUUAUGGUAAGCUCUUGGAAUAUGAUAAGCCGUCAAGACUCAUGGAAACCAACUCUUCCUUUGCCAAGCUUGUGGCUGAAUACUGGGCCAAUUGUAAUACAACCACCCAUUAGAGAGAGAGUAGUAUGUGAAGAGAGAGAGAGAGAGAGAGAGAGAGAGUAGUGUGUAAGUUUGGUGAGGGAGAGAGAGGGAGAGAGGUGCAUUUGGAAGUUUGAUGCAUGCCAUCGCGGGGAUGCAUUGUAGAAUUAGGGUAGCGCAGGGUCUUAAUAAUCAUAGUGUAGGAUAAUAGGGAGGUAAUUAUAGUGUUGGGUGACCUAAGUUAGAAGCCUCUCUUGGCUUGUGUAUUGGCCAUGAGCGGUAGGAAAAAUUCUCAUAGAAAGAAUGGGUUUGUUUAGCAUUUACAGGGUUGAUAUAAUGUAGAUAGCACUUGGCAUGCUUCACUUGCCUCGAACCAUCGCCUUUAUUUCAAAUAUAAUUCAAUAGAACGUGCUCUCUCCAAA